AUGGUUGAUCGUAAGGGCUUUUUCUUUCAUGUUCACUACUUCUUCUGGAAUCCAAUAUCAGGUGCCCGAGUGACGCUUCCCUCAUCAAAAUACUACUGCGAAUGUGUGGAAGGCUGCACCACUGUCAAGUUAGUUGCCUCUUCAGGACCAACAGGAAAUGGGGAAAGAAGCCAACAUCAACAACAACCACCACCACCACCACCCUGUUUUGUGGUGAGACUUUGCUCAACGGGUCGUUUGGAAUUUUGCAUGAUAAACGACAUAUCAUGGACCUCAAUUGAUGAGGAGGAGGAGCUUCUUUUUUACGAUGUAGUUAUAAUGCAUGGGAAAAUAUAUGCUACGACACGGGUGGCAUUAAGGUUGUUUCACAUAAUAAUCCAAGAAGAUGCCAAUGGCAGCAAUGGCAGCCAACCCAGCCAUAGGGUUGAAAAGUUGGUUUUGCUUCGUCCCUGGCCACCUCCCUGUCUUUUCCUAGCUAAUUAUAGAGAAAGGGUGAUAAGAAGCGGACAAGUAAUCCAGCGUCUCACUGACACCGGAUACAUUUCCCUAGCACAAGAUUCUGCAUCAGUGGAGUUGUUUAUGAUUGUUCGUGAGGCAAGUUAUGUUACCGGUCCGUUCAAUCUCUUUCCUCGGAUCACCUUUCAUAAUUACGUAAAUCCACCUAAGACUAAAGGAUUUCGAGUGUUGAAACUAGAGUUCAAUAACACUCCGCCAUGGGUAGAGGUUGUUGACCUUGGUGACCGGACGUUGUUUGUGAGCGAGAUUGGCAACCAAUUCAUCUCUACUACCACUACCAACAAUAUUAAUGGUAACCAUGGUCGUGAAUCACCAUCAAGCAAACAUGAUUUCGGAGUCUUCUCCUUGACAGACAAGACCAUUAGACGUUUUGAUUUCUCCCAGAGUUUUUCUAGCGACCGAUCUUCUAUCCGACCUGUUUGGUUCACACCAAAUCCUUAG